AUGGAGAAAACUUACAAGUCCGCGCCGUCGAAGGUCGACUAUCCGCACCUGGACGACCCCUAUUACUCCACCCAGAAGCACGCGCCCGAUGUCGCCAUGGCCGAAGCACUCACAAUCGAGCCAAGGGUCUUCGCGGCUGCAAACCGCAUAGUGGCUGCGUGCGGACAGCUAACUGCGACUGUCCAUAAACCGUUCUACUCUCUGGUCGAGAGCGUCAACGCGGGCGCCUUCCUCGCGUGUCUGCAGGUUCUGGAAUCUGCGAACGUCGUGGAGAUACUCCGCGAAGCAGGCCCGGACGGCCUGCAUGUCGAGGAGAUCGCGUCGAAGGCUGGCGGAUUGCACCGCAAGACGGAGGAUGGGAGGCCCGAUCCUGUAAGUCUGGACCCGGCAAAGCUGGGCCGUGUUCUACGCCUCUUGGCGACAUACCACUGGCUCCGCGAAGUGAAGCCUGACGUCUUCGCAAACAACCGUCUCUCGUCCUUCCUUGAUACCGGCAAGUCAACUAAGGAGCUUCUUCGGUCCCCCGAGGAGAAGUACGACGGAACCGAUGGUGUUGCUGCGUACCUCGCCACAUCCGGAGACGAAGUAUUCAAGGUGAUGUCCUACCUAUCUGAUUGGCUGGUCGACGACGGAGGCGCAAACUACGCCUCUGCCUUCAACCUCGCGUUCAAGACACCACUGAAGUACUACGAUUGGCUCGAAGAGCCCGGGAACAAAGGCAGGAUGCGCAGGUUCGGGCAUUCAAUGAACGGGACGCGGCAAUGGGAAUUGGCGGAGAAUGUCAUACACGGGUUCGCAUGGGACGAGCUCCCACAGGACGCGGUCGUUGUCGACGUGGGUGGGGGGAUUGGUUCCGUGUCGGUCAUCCUCGCCGAGGCGUAUCCGCACUUACGGUUCGUCGUUGAAGACCGGGCGCCGGUCGUGGCGAUUGCGCCCCAGGCUUGGGGCAGCAGACACGCGGAGCUUUUCCAGGCGGGCCGCGUAUCCUUCCACGGGCAGGACUUCUUCCAGCCCCAGGGCCUGUUUCGCGUCCCGGGCAUCGGCGUCGUCCACGAGCCCACAGUGUACCUCCUGAGGGCCGUCGCGCAUAACUGGCCUGACGAGAAGGUCUGGGAGAUCUUGCUGAAUCUGCGACGGGCGGCGGGCCCGCAAACGAAGCUGCUGAUCGUCGACAACCUGCUUCCCUACGCGUGCGUAGACGACGAGAGCGCGGGUGGGGAGAACGGGCGAUCGGGCGACGCGGACGCGGACCCGUUAGGCACGGUGCGCUCGUUGGUCCCUGAUGGCUCUCCGCUCCUCCCGAACCUGGGUCGCGCGAGCGCGAAUGGCUACAUCCUGGACAUCACGAUGCUGGGGCGGUUCGAUGCGAAGGAGCGGACGUUUCGGGAAAUGGACGUACUCGCUCGGUCUGCGGGUUGGAGGAUCGUGCGCGUGAAGCGGGCGGUAGGUUCCCUGUGGGCGUAUAUAAUUGCGGAACCGCUUGGCGGAGCAUGA